UCACCCCACAGCCACAGCCGGAGGUCUCACCUGGAGAGGCAGCUCACAUUUUGGGCGCUGCCUGCUGCAAAGAGGGAAAAUGGCAGAGAGCUCCCUGUUUGCGCAGCGGCUGCAGGCCAUUACUGAGCGGCGCAGGCUGCAGGAGCGUAUCCUGGCCACCCGCCGGGAGCUGGAGGAGGAGAGACUGCGAGCCCAGCGCCUCAAGAGGAAAUCUCUGCGUGAUCGUUGGCUGAUGGAGGGAACAUCCUCACCCACGGACGACAAUGGUCACUUGUCUUCUGUUUGGGAGGCACAGAAUCGCAUUCAGGAAUUAGAGCAAGAUCUGUGCAGUCUCCAAACUCAGAUGCAGCAGCUGGAUAAUCCAGAACUUCACCAGGGAUUGCCACAGCCAGAGGAGCCUGUGAAGGCUUUGAAGGAGGUGAAGCUGUCUUCCUUGGAUGGCCUUGGGGAGGUUGAUGGGACCUCUUCCUCUCCUCCAGAAGAGAGAAGUAGCCCUGAGUCCAGGCUCGAGUUGGCUCCUGUUCCGCCCAAGAGGUCUCUGCAAGCAACAGCCCAAGAGAAGCUGCAGAAUGGAGACAUGCCAGGAGGAGGUGUGUUUGGCAGUGAAUGCAGUGCUGGGAAGGCAGAAAUCGAUGUGACCCCUAUGACUGAAGAAGGUGGGGGUGUCCAGCCCCCACAGAGAAGUGCUGAAGCUGCUCCGGACGUGAAACUGGCCUGCCAGAGCUUGGGCCUCAGUGAAGCCUCUCCCAACUGCCCAAGAAAGCUGGCAGUGGAGGAGAUGGUCAUCCGGGACCACUUGGGCCAGGAAGUGGGCAGCAUGGAUGCUGUUGGGCAGAAGCAGAGCUCCAUUGGGAAGGAGGAAGACUUGGAGGGCCAACCUGAUUUAGGGAAUGAGGGUGAAAAAGGGAGCAAGCCAAACCACCUUUGCAGUGCCUCGAGUUCAGUGAAAGCCCCUGGAGCUACAGAAAGCCAGGUGGACAGUGAACUGGGCAGCCGUGACGGUCCAGAGGGAGAGUCCCCCCCUUCUUGGGAUCAUCAGAAUCCCUCUAAGGCACCGCAGGGUGAGAAUAGCUGCCUUGAUUCUCCCAAGUGGCAGGCAGAGGCGGAGCUGGAGAUGGGGUCCCUGGCCAAGGAAGCAGAACUGAUGGGAGCUGGGCAGAAGGAGUUACCAGAACAGGGUGCCAAGGAGGCGGAGGCUGCCCGAGGCCUAGCACUUGGCCAUGCGGAGCCAGUGGUGGGGGGACAGGAAAAUCUAAGCGGAGAGAGCCUGGGGUCAUGGCUGGACCAGCCUAAGCUACCUCUGCUGGACCAGAUCCCUGACCUGGAAGAAGCCAAGAUGCCACUUCUAGAUGAAGUCAUGUCAUCAUCAUCAUCACCUCUGCCAGACCAGGUUCCAGUGACACUUCAGGAGCAGAUUCCUCCUCCCCUGCAAGACCAGAUUCCAUCUUCUUUUCAGGAAAUGGAGGGUUCACGCCUAGAGCAUUUGUUACCAAAUCAGAGCCUGUCCACUCUUUCGGACCAGACUGCUCCUUUGCAAGAAAGGAAGGAACUGCUUUCAGCCCCAGUUCCACCCCCACAGCAAGAGUCCCUUUUAGAUCCAGCCCCACCAUCUCUGCAGGACCAUCUUUCCUCUUCUCCAAAAGAGAACCCAUCCUCUUUGCAGGGUGAGGUCACUUCUCUGCAGGACCAGAUCCCAUCGCCUCUACGUGAAGCUAAUGGGAAACCUCUGCAGGACCAGAUCCCAACAUCUCUACAAGAACAGAGUGCUGCUCCGCCAGAUCAGGUCCUGUCACCUCUACUAGACCAGUUCACAUCUCUGCCAGGGCAGAUCCCUUCCUCUUUUAAUGAAAUAGAGAAAUCGCUUCAGAUAUCGACAACUUCACAGGGCCAGGAACUUUCUGGGGUGGAAGCGAAAGGAUCCUUUCCAGACAUAAUCCCCUCCUUGUCUAAUCAGCUCACUUCUCUGCCUGAUCAAAUAAAUUCCCUUCACGAAGCAGAGGGAUUGUCCUUGGAAGAGAUUCCAGUCAUUCUGCAGGAUCAAAUGCCAACAGCUCCAGAGGGCUGGAUCCCUUCUCUGCCAGAGGAAGACAUCAUUCUUCCAGGCCAGAUCCCAUUCCCUGUGGAUGAAGGUAAGCAUUUACUUCCAGGGGAGUCUCCAGCAUCUGUACCAGACCCGAUCCCACAAUCUCUUCUGGACCACAACCCAACAUUUCUGGAGGGUGCAGCCCAUUCUUCUCUGCAAGAGUCGGGAGGAUGCCUUACAGACCAGAUGCAGGCAUCCCUGCCAAGCCAGACCUCACCUCGUCUCCUUGAAGCUAAAGGGUCACCUCAGGGCCAAGCUCAACCUAUGCUAAUGGAGCAGGUGCCAAUCUCUCUGCAGGGCCAGGCAACUUCCCUUCAGGAACCUGAAAAGUCUCUUCCAGAAAAGCUGGAAGAAGUGCCCCUGCUGCCAGACCAAGCCCCAUCCCCUAACCCAACGGCUCCAGAUGCUUUGCUCUUGUCCAGCCAGGACAAUGGCCAGCCUCUCCUGGACAAGACUGUAUCAGUGGGAAACCAGGAGCUGAAAGAAGUUGGAGAUGCAGCAGAAGAGGCUAAGGAAGUCCUGGAAAGUCUCCACGCUGAACAGCAACCUCUGCUGCAGGAGGCCUCAGCAGAUGCUCUGGACAUUUCUGUCCGGAGACAUGCAGCCCAAGACGGGAUCUUAAAACUCCAGGCAGCCACAAACCAGGAGGCCCCAACCUACACCACCCACCUCUGCCAACACUGGCCUCCUCAUGCCAGCUCCAGCCCGCAGCGCCCCGGCAAGGGGAAGACCCAGAGCAGGGGCAGAGCAGGCGCAAGCAGAAGUCAUGCCAGUGCUGCUCGGUCAUGUGAGCUUGGCUAGGAUGCCCUCCUCAGGAACAGGAGUUGUUGAUCUGGUCCCAGUGGCAGGCUUUGGAGUUGGUAACAUGCCCUGCCAGUAGUCUACUGUAGGUAUCUCUCUCUCUCUCUCUCUCUCUCUCU